AUGUUCAACGCCAGCCUGGUUGACGUGGAGUGGAUCGGGCCGAAAUCGACGCUCCCUUGGCACUUUUUCGUCUAUCCGGCAUGCCUGGUCCUCCAGCUGGCGCUGCUGUAUCCGGUCGAGGUCAUGCGCAGGGUGAUCGGCCAAGCCAAGGUGAUCCCAUGGAUGAGCCGCGAGGUGAUGAUGGUGCCCAUUUAUGGGAUUGGGCUCGGCAUCGUCGUCGAUGGCGUGUUCACAGCCGGUCUGUUCCACCAUGACGUCCCAGUGCCCGUCUACCGCCUCGCCUCGGCCCUUCAGCUUUUCACGGAAAACCAGCAGAUGAUGUACACCGUGUCCCUGUUGACCCUGUCGGUCAUCUACCGCCAGUGCCAACGCAUCAGAGAUGAGGGCUCCUUCGAGAUGGCGGUACUCAACGUCAUGAAUAUGUAUUUCAUCCCGUUCACGCUGACUAUCGUUAUGAUAGUAAAUCUCGUGCAAGGAGGGCAUAAAGUUGGACUGCUCGAGUACGCCAGAUUGAUCGAUUGGCCGUACAUCACGGGAUCGGUUUUCCAAUUUAUCGUCCUUUUUGGCUCUCUUCGCCUCCACCUUUGCAUCAGCGAAGACAUCAAGUUCUGGCGAAAAUUCAAGGUGUUGGAGCGCUGGGAGAUCAUUAUCCUGAAUGCAUACAAAAUGGAAGCCACGCUGCUUCAAAAUAUAAUCAUGCCCUCCUGGGUGAUUAUGACUGUCGGAAACGCUGGAAAAUGGCUGAUCCACGCGCGUCAGACGCCUUCCUACCUGGCCGACCCGAUUUUCUCUCUCAUCCGGCUUGCUACGAAUGUCGCGUUUCUACUUGCGAUGCUGACGUGUGGACAGAUUCGCACCAAGUUCUACGCGAUGCUGACGUGUCGUCCUACGGGAGCUACAGAAUGCAAGGUCCUCUCCUUCUCUGAAAUCGUCACCCCAGAGGAGGUGCAGAUUCAGAUGAGCAAUUGCGGCUUCUCGGCCCCAACCGUCGAACCAAAAGCCUCACCGACCCACCCACCCGACUUGGUUGUUACGUUU